UUGGGAUCUUGCACUUUGUAUUUAGCACAGCGCUGUGACGCAGGCACCGCUCGCCAGUCGCCACUAGUCUGCAGCCCAUUCCCUGAGCAGUGGCGUGGAGUUCAUGGCACUGUGUAAACAGGGAGAGGAGAAAGAGGGAGAGCUGAGAGAGAAAAUGCGGGGAGACAGCCGCUCAGAGAGGGCUGCAGCCGGUCACCCUCUAAGAAAGCUCCCUUGAGUUGGACUGCAGCAUGUCAGCAAAGUCUAAGGGGUCAUCCUCGCCGACAGAGGGAACAUCGUCCAAAGCCAAGGUGAAAGAACAGAUCAAGAUUAUUGUGGAUGGUUUGGAAUUAGUCCUGGGAGACUUGAAGGAUGUAGCUAAGGAACUUAAAGAGGUGGUUGACCAGAUUGACACUUUAACUUCAGAUCUGCAGCUGGAAGAUGAGAUGACAGACAGCUCCAAAACAGACACGUUGAACAGCAGCUCAAGUAGCACAACGGCUUCUAGCAUAGACAAGGUUAAAGUUCGAGCCAAUGCACCUUUAAUAAAUCCACCUGCACAUCCGUCAGCUGUCCUGACAGUACUUAGGAAGCCCAAUCCACCCCCACCACCCCCACGGUUGACUCCAGUGAAAUUUGAAGAAACUCAAAGGUUAAUUAACUCCACCAACACUGUAAAGAAAAAUGGAGGAUUACUUAGAAAUGGUGGAAUUCCUGGGGGACCUGUCACACUUCCUAAUGGUGAUGUAUGUGUGAUUCAUAAUAUCAAAGUGGAUAAAAUGACAGGACAGCCAUUGACACACAGACCAGAAAAGGACCGUUGUUCUCAGGCUACAACAAGAGAACGAGUACGUUUUAGUGAAAAUGUCCUAUAUCAUGGCUACUGUCCAGACUGUGAUGUUGAAUCUGAAAUGAAAAACAAAGAGGUACAUCUUCAUGGGGAGUCUGUCCACCUAGCAGCAAAACUUCCUCACCAUUGUCCUUUACCAUCAAAACCAUCGUAUCCUAUGGAAAAUGGUGGAUUAGGCAUUACUAGCAGUGUCUGCCAUCUGCCUUCGAAACCCGGAAGUCAGCCACCGCCAACUGCACCAAAACCACAAAAAACUAUACUGAGAAAAUCAACCACAACAACAGUGUGAUUAUUUUUUAUAUUUAGAUUUUUAUAAUAAUUAUAAAAAAUUGAUAAUGAGCACUUUAAAGCAGUAAAAAGCCCAGAUUCAACCCUCCUCUCUUCAGAAGUGUCAUAACUAUCAGUUUGAUCCCUGAGGCGGGCAAGACCAUCUACAAUCAGCAGCUACUUUGGAGGUUUCUUAGAUUUACAUGCCUCAAUGCUACUCCAAAUAUGGUGAACCAUUGGAUCAAAGAGAGAUUAAAGAGAUAUGUUUCAUGGACUACUGAAGCACAGCACAACGAGUGGAGAUUUUCUCAAAAAUGUGUUUGUUUUAAUGAACAUGGCCUUGAAUAAUUCACAGCCUACAGUAUUAUUUCCCAUCUGGAAAGCAAUGUAAAGCUAAGUAAAUCGAUUUAGGAGCUGCAAAAUUUCCCAAGCAAAUUAUGUCAGUACAGAAAGACAGCUAAAUGUAACACUCUUGAAAAUAUCUAGCAUCACUGAGACCCAAUGUUUACUGAAAGCCACAGACAAUAUUAUUGAUAGGUUACAUAAGGGCCUGGAUGCUUUUCAUUACAGUAGAGGAAAUGUCUCUUCUGUACUAUUUAAAGCCAUAGAUGACAAAGAAGAUGACAUUGAGAAAGUGCUCUACCUUUCUCUGAGUAAAUUAACAGCUGUAUUUCAACAGUUGUGGAUUGAAGUCAAUGCAUGUCAUAUACAUUAUAUGCACUGUCACUUCCAUUCAGGGUAAUGAAAUGUGCCAUCAUUUGCACAGAUGGACAGAAGAACUUAAGAAAAGAUCACAGUGCAUUCUUCAGGGGCUUGCAAGACAAAAUUAUUAUGUUUUUCUUACAUGGACGCCUCACCUGCCCAACCCCAAAGAUUAAUUUUGUUUUCAUAUAAAUACAUAUGGUACAUAUGUAAAAAAAAGAAUA